CUGCCCUCGAAUGUCCUGCUCCUGUGCCCCAAGCACCUGGGCCACUGGGAGGUGGGAGAGCCCAGCACAGGCCUCCCCUGGCUGCUCCCCCCACAUCUAAGUUGCCCCACUCCCCGCAGGGCGCAUGAACCGGCUGCGGGUCCAUAACAAGGAGGUUCUGUAUGAUUUGGUGGAGCGGCGCCAGCCCGGCACCCCCCUCAUCACCGUGUCCAACCACCAGUCCUGCAUGGAUGACCCCCACCUCUGGGGUAUAUUGAAGCUUCGGCACGUCUGGAACGUGAAGAGGAUGCGCUGGACCCCCACGGCCGCUGACAUCUGCUUCACCCGAGAGUUGCACUCGCGCUUCUUCAGCCUGGGCCAGUGCGUCCCCGUGUGCCGAGGUGAGGCUGGCAAGCGGUGGGGCUGGCCUGGGGGGGGGUGGGGGAGCAUGGAGACAAGGGGACUGGGCUGGGAGGAGAGGGGGAUACGGGUGGGGUGGCUGGGCUAGGGGGGACUCGGGUCA